AUGUCCUUUCUUAUUACAAUUUCUCGUUCGUCCAUCCGGCAAGCCUUCUCUCCGUGUCUUGCGCGCAGCUAUGCCGCAAAGAGCUCGAAUACAGAACAGACACAGAAAAUAAGUACAAAAGACACCUCGUUCACUGAAGAAAAAACACUCUCGUCAUGUCCACCAGGUACAAUCCUGGAGGGGCUGAACUAUCUCAAAGGACAACCUCCGGUGAUAGCUCUCCCCGAUGAGGAGUAUCCUUCGUGGCUGUGGGAGCUUCUGAAGCCGAAAGCAUAUGAAGAGGACGGUCCUGGAGGCAAGGCGGAGAAGAAAACGACUCCGAAAGGAGAAUCAACAACGCAUCAAGGACCAAAACUUCAUGAAGACGCAGUGGUGAGUACAUUUGCUAUUCGUGCUUGA